AUUACAGGUUAUAUUUAAACAAAAGAAUACAAGGACACCCCACACGGCCUCACCGGUACCAGCUAACGUUAGCUAACUACUAGCUAAAGCUAACCCGAGCUGACUGAAAGGCUUUUCUCGACCGACGCAACAUUUACUGAGCCUUCAAGCGAAGUCCAUCAAAAUGAGCACAGCCUCCUCCCAAAAAGUUGUCCUGAAAAGUACCACCAAAGUGUCCCUAAAUGAGCGCUUCACUAACAUGCUGAAGAACAAGCAGCCCACUGCGGUAAGCAUUCGAGCCACCAUGCAACAGCAGCAUUUGGCCAGUGCCCGCAAUCGCCGGCUGGCCCAGCAGAUGGAAAACCGGCCCUCAGUGCAAGCUGCUCUAAGUCACAAGCAGAGCCUGAAGCAGCGCCUGGGGAAGAGCAACAUCCAGGCCAGGCUGGGCCGGCCUGUCGGGACUCUGAUGCGUGGAGUAGCUGGAGGCAGAGGAGGAAUGCGAGGGAUGACCAGGGGUGGCCUUCGAGGUCGAGCCAGAGGAGGAGUAAUGAGGGGAGCUCUGUCCCUGAGAGGGAAGCGAGUGUCUUCUACAGGUGGUCCCAUGCGAGGUCGUGGCUCUGCUGGCCGUCUGGCAAUGCGUAGAGGAGGCCGCCACCGUGGAGGAGCUCCUGGCAGAGGAGGAGCUCUGUCCCGAGGAGCAGCACGAGGAGGAGCAGCCAGAGGCCGUGGUGGACUGCGUGGCCGUGGUGGUUUUGCUGGUAGAGGUGGUCGUGGCCGCGGGCGGGGCCGAGGUGUUGGCCGACAAGCUGUGACCCGUGAACAACUGGACAACCAGCUGGACGCCUACAUGUCAAAGACCAAAGGUCACCUGGAUGCUGAGCUGGAUGCCUACAUGGCCCAGGCAGACCCAGACAAUAUGGAGUGACGCUGGAGGACUCUGAAGCAGACACAUGGAGAGUCACUGCAGAACUGUACAGCUGAACUCACAGUGUAGUUUUCCACCAGAUUGACGGGCUGAGAAAUUGAGUUUGUAAUUUAGAUGAGCGUGGAGACAGUCCAGGACUCUUAGCUUUGGAACAGCGAGACCUCGAGGUUUCCCUUGAAUGUGCUUCGGCCACUACUCAUUCUGCGUCAACCUGCUCCUGCAAACCCUUUUAAAUCUGGAAGAACUGUGUGAAGGGACCUUUUUAGACAUUAACAAACCCUGCUGUCUAUAGACGUCUGCUUUUCUUUUUUUUUAAAUGACCUUGUUAUUUUUAAAUAUCCCCUGUCUGUAAUGGUCAAUGAUCCAGGUGAUGUGUUUAAUCUUUUGUUGAAAACAAUUUAAAAUAACCUGUUAUCUUUUUUUACUUUUAUUUUAAAUGUGAUUAACCUUGGGGUACUCAGACCUUUGGCGAUUAACUAAUUGGCUUAUCUUGGAAACGUUAGCAAUGCAAACCUUUUCUAAAUUAUUUGUUAAAAGAAUGUAAGCAGAUCUUUUAAGCCAAGUAUCCAUUUGUCAUUGUUUUGUAUUUAAAAGAUGUAGUACUUUUGAGUAUUUUGUUCCUCUGUAUCUUCCACCUGUCAGAACUUUUCAGUUGACUGCUGACAUCGUUAACUUCCACUUGAGAGCAUUUGUAUGACAUUAUCCAAAGCAAGUUAAAAUAGGUUUUAAUUAAAAUGGAAAUGAUUUCCCAAAA